AUGAGUAAAUCUCAUCGUGAAUUACAUCCUUUGCUUUGCGAUGAGUAUUCAGAUGAGGAAGUUCAUACCUCAAGUCCCAAGUAUCAUAAACGAUAUUCAACCUCCUCUGGCAGAGCUAGAGCACAAGUAAAGGGUGCUGCGGCUAUUCUUAACCGUUGGCCAGAUCAUCUUACUACUAUAUUAAUAUACUGGUGGAUAGCGUUCGGUAUGAUCGCUGUAUUAAUUUUUGUUAUUUACAACAGUGUAGUUGCUAUCGCUUUACUACCACAAACACAUUUAAGGCCAGCGAAAUUGCAGAGUCUCGAAAACAAUAUAAUCGAUGCGUCUCCAGAUGCCUUGUUACCUAAUAUAUUUAUGCACGUUUUUGUAAAUAAUAGUAAUAUUUUAAAUGUUAAAGAACAUUUAUGGUAUAUAGAACCAUUUGCAAAGAAAUAUUCAUUAUUUCAAAAGAACCUUAUUUUUGUUAUUAAUGACUAUACCGAUGAUAUUAUCAGUGUCAGUGAUGAAAUGAAGAACGAAAUGGCUUUAAAUUCUCUUUGGUCAAAACAAAAUGAUGUUGUAAAAGGGAGAUUUGAAAACAAUAUAACAUAUAAAGUCAUCUCACUAUCUAAAUAUAUGGACGACUCUCCAAUAAGAAAGUUUUGGCGACGUUUACCACAACAGUUUAUGCAGUUUCUGACAAGAUGUAUAGCUAUUUGGGAAAAAGGAGGAGUCGCAUUUAAUCCUGAAAUACUUGCCUCUCACCAUUUCAGUCCAGUUUACAAACAAAAAAUUUAUACGUUUCUAAAUCAAUAUGUUAACGUUACUAAAACCACGCCGCAAUAUAAAAAGAGUGAAAAAGUGAAAAAUAAAAGAAGAUUGAAUAAUAUUCGUGAUAUUAUAGAAAAUUUAGAAAAUGAAGACAAUAGUAAUCAAAUUCAAUAUAACCUUUCAGAGGCUGAAAAUGUGAAGAUUAUAUCAACCGUUAAUUAUAGCACAAAAAAUAGGAGAGACAUCCGAUUGGAGAUCUUAAAAAAACGUAAUGCUAGAAAAAGUUUAUCCCAGGAACAAAUCGAUACGAGUAGUCUAAAUAAUUACAGUAAUGUUAAUAAUAAUAACAAUUCUAACAUAACUAAUAUUUCUAAACAACAAAACAACAAGAGUAAAGGGAAUGAUAUAACGAGUAAACAGAAACUGUUACCCAUUUUUCUAAAAUUUUUGCAUCCAGAACCCCCAAAAAGCUUAGAACGUAAUGAUUCAAUAAGUGAAACACAAAAGAAAAGAUUGGUACACGAUAAUGAUUCUGUUACGAAAUCAAAGAAAAUCAAAAAUCAUAAUCACUCUCCAAAAUCCACAGAAACGAAAGAAUUAAAAUCUUCCGAUUAUAUUGUUGAUAAUACAAAAUUGUCCGUCGAUUUAAAAGGUAAUUUAGUCGCGACUAAUACAUCUUGUCACGCAUUUAUUGGUUCAGUUUUUAGUAAUGCUAUACAUCAUUCUGAAGAAGAAUCCGUUACAGAUUUUAUCAUAAAAGAAUUAUCAAUAUUUUGUAAAGGAAUUUUGUCUUCAUGUCGUGGUGUGGAUGUUAUUUUAUUAUAA